AUGUGCGCCUCGCAGCUUGCCUGCGAGGAGGCCCCAUCUCCGGAGGGGAAGAAAGUGGGUUGGAAAACGAGGCCACAGCUGGUGAUACUCGACCACGGCCUCUACUACGACCUGGGCGAGAACGACGUCCGGGCGCAUUUCUGCCGGUACUGGAAGGCGUGUUGCGCGAAGGAUUCUGCGACGAUGGACGCGAUAGGUAGACGCUUUGCCGGAGAGCUCCGUAGGUUUUUGCCCAUGGUGUUGUGCCCCUGGUUCGUGUUCGGCGGCACCGGCGUCUCGCUGGGGGAGAUCAUCACGGCCGCAAAAGGGCAGCUGCCGGACACAGUUGGGAUUCGAGAUAUCGCAGAUUUUGUUAUGGCGACCCGCGACGGCGGCGCGAACUUGAUAGGUCUCCUGCAUUCGCUGGGGUACACCCGUGGCCUUCUCAACGACCUGGGGUUCUCGGAACACCAGCGGGUCUCCACCAUGUUGAAGUACGCGGUGCUCGGAGACACAGCCGAGCCGCCCGCGGUGCCGCCCCCGCUGACGGCGUGCCAGCAGGCCUGGGUGCGGUGGCGAGUGCUGGUGCUGAGCGGCCACAUACGGAUCAUGGAGCCCAUAGCCCGACCGCUCAUCCGCUACGCGAAGGCCGAGAACGCGCCGCCCCUGUGGCUCGUCGCCUCAUUCCCGGUUCUGCUCGCAGCCGUGGGCGUCGGGUUCCUCUCGCGGAUAAGGGCAGCCUCACCGUCUUUCACGUGGCUGGGCUGGCUGCAGACAGGCCGGGCCCUGAAGGACGGCGCCGCCUGA